UAACCAUUCUCUCUUCUUCACUGUACAAUCAGACAAAACAGUCUUUGGUCUCUAGGGUUUAAGGAUCGAGUUUGAUUUUUUUCAGACCAAAGUACUAAAAGGAAUUUAAUCGGUUAUAAAAACCUGCAAAGCUUCGGCGAACUCGAGUUUGGCGAUUUUGUCCUCAAAGAAAGAUGCAUUCUUCUAGUUGUUACCAUACUCACUUCUCCUCCUCCCUCAAGCUUCCUCAUUUCUUCGCGCCUAAGAGCUUUGUGGCGUCUUCGCCGAGGAGAGAGUUAAGAGUGUUCGCAAUGGAAGCUGCGUCUGGUCACAUACCGUCGGCUCCAAUCUCUCUACCCCAAGAAGGCUCAUGGAAACAGAUAGGUGGUGGAGUGACAGCUGCGAAAGGGUUUAAAGCUGCUGGUAUGUACGCUGGAUUACGAGCUUCAGGGAAGAAGCCUGAUCUCGCUCUUGUUACCUGUGAUGUCGACGCUGUUGCUGCAGGAGUGUUUACUAUGAAUGUGGUUGCUGCUGCUCCUGUUGUUUACUGCAAAAAGGUUCUCGAGACUUCGAAUACGGCGCGUGCAGUGUUGAUCAAUGCCGGUCAGGCCAAUGCAGCUACUGGUGAUGCUGGUUACCAAGAUAUGUUAGAUUGUGUUGGUUCUCUCGCCACGCUACUUCAAGUGAAUCCAGGGGAAGUAUUAAUCGAGUCAACUGGGGUUAUUGGUCACAGGAUUAAGAAGAAAGAGCUUCUCCAAGCACUUCCAACACUAGUCAACUCGAUGUCAGACUCUAUUGAACAGGCAGAUUCUGCUGCUGUAGCCAUCACCACGACGGAUCUUGUAAGCAAGAGUGUGGCAGUUGAAUCACAGGUGGGAGGAACCACAAUUCGAGUUGGGGGUAUGGCAAAAGGCUCAGGGAUGAUCCAUCCAAAUAUGGCAACUAUGCUAGGUGUCAUCACAACAGACGCUCUAGUUGAAAGUGAUAUCUGGAGAAAGAUGGUUAAAGUUGCUGUAAACCGAAGCUUUAACCAGAUCACUGUAGAUGGGGACACGAGUACCAACGACACAGUGAUUGCUUUGGCGAGUGGGCUAUCUGGAUCACCUUUUAUAUCUUCUUUGAACUGUAAGGAAGCUGUACAGCUUCAGGCUUGCCUUGAUGCGGUGAUGCAAGGUCUUGCCAAAUCAAUAGCUUGGGAUGGCGAAGGCGCAACAUGUCUCAUUGAGGUAACAGUAAAAGGAACAGAAACUGAAUCAGAAGCAGCGAAAAUUGCACGCUCGGUGGCUUCCUCUUCACUUGUCAAAGCAGCUGUUUAUGGGAGAGAUCCGAACUGGGGACGCAUAGCUGCAGCUGCUGGCUACGCUGGAGUUUCUUUCAAGAUGGAUAAGCUUAAGAUAUCACUCGGCGAGUUUUCACUCAUGGAGAGUGGUCAACCUCUUCCUUUUGACAGGGAUGGAGCCAGUAACUACCUCAAGAAAGCUGGGGAGGUUCACGGAACUGUUACAAUCGAUUUAUCCGUAGGUGAAGGUGCAGCCACAGGGAAGGCGUGGGGGUGUGAUCUUAGCUAUGACUAUGUCAAGAUCAACGCUGAGUAUACCUCAUAGGCAGAGAGUUUCAUGUAAUGUUGUGUUUUCAUCUCAGUUUUAGUAAACCAAGUUUGCUUCAAAUAAAACAACAUCCAAUCAAAUAACAAAGCUCCAUUGAGUUCAUCACAAAAGUGAAACUUUAUCUCAAAAUAAAAAGCACAAAA